AUGGGUGAUCAACCACCAGCGGUUAAUGAUACUAAGGCUCUUAAGGCUUUCUCAGAGCCGAAAUUCAAUGACAUUCAGUCGAGUAUUGUCAGGCCAGCAAUCCAGGCCAACACUUUCGAAAUCAAACCGAGCACUAUUCAGAUGGGCAAAGCAUCAGGAAUUCUGGAUGUUGAUGCUACUUCAGUCAUAUCUGCUCAGCUUAAGGCUCUUACUAUGAAGGUAGACUCUUUGGCAAACUUAGGAAUUCAGCAACUACCUACAAUAUGUGAGCUUUGUGCGGGUACACAUGCCACGGAUCAGUGUGCCAUAUCUAGCGAAUCAGCUCAGUUUGUGAGUAAUUUUCAGAAGUCUCAGCAGCUAGCUCCUGCUACUUAUUACCCGAAUAAUCGGAAUCAUCCGAAUUUCAGCUGGAGUAACAAUCAGAAAUUCAUGCAACAACCGCAACAACAAUUUCAGCAGCAUGGAGCUGGACCAUUCAACCCUUCUGGUUUUCAACAGCAGUUUGCACCGAAGCAGCAAUUUCAGGCACCGGGUAUCCAGCAACAAAAUCACGGAAUGGUUGGACAAACUUCCAAUGAAAGUUCUGAAUUGGAAGAAUUGAGGUUAAUGUUUAAAAGCCAAGCGGUGUCAAUCAAAACUUUGAAGAAUCAGAUUGGGCAGAUUGCUAAUGUGUUGCUUAACAGACCACAAGGAACUCUUCCUAGUGAUACCGAGGCCAAUCCGGGCAAGAAGGAAGUGAAAGAACAGGUACAAGCAAUCACUUUGAGGUUUGGAAAGGUUACGAAGGAGCAAGUAUCAACAGCAGAGCGGAACAAAGAAGAGAGCAAACAGCAAGACGAAACACCCGUGCUCUCCUCUGAGUCAGAAAGUGGAAAAACUGAUGUUGGGGCUGAUCUGAAUAAAAGCAACGUGGAAGCAAGCAGGGAUUCAACUGAAAAAUCUGCUCCGAAGCAUAAUGAGGGGGUCAAGCAAGUAUAUCCACCUCCUCCAUAUCCUAGAAUACUUCAGAAGCAUAAGCUCGACAAGCAAUUCGCCAAAUUUCUAGAUGUUUUCAAGAAAUUGCAAAUCAACAUACCUUUUGCUGAAGCUCUAAAACAAAUGCCGAGCAAUGCUAAGUUCAUGAAGGAUAUUCUAUCUCGUAAGCUUAAUAUUGAGGAGUUGGAAAUCGUAGUUUUGACGGAGGAGUGCAGUGCGGUGUUGCAACAGAAAUUACCACCGAAACUCAAAGAUCUGGGAAGUUUCACAAUACCAUGCACUAUUGGCAUGUUAUCUUUCGACAAGUGCUCGUGUGACUUGGGAGCUACUAUCAAUCUGAUGCCGUUGUCUGUCUUCACGAAACUUGGUCUGUCGGAGCCGAAACCUACAAACAUGUCCUUACAACUGGCUGAUCGGUCCAUCACAUAUCCGAGAGGUAUAGUGGAAAAUGUCUUGGUUAAAGUGGAUAAGCUCAUCUUCCCUGCUGAUUUUGUCAUUCUAGACUUUGAGGAGGAUAAGAAGAUUCCCAUCAUCUUGGGAAGACCGUUCUUAGCUACAGGCCAAACUUUGACUAAUGUGCAAAAAAGAGAGCUUACAAUGAGAGUUCAAGAUUAG